AUGCGAAGAGAGCCUUCUGCCUUUACUUGGCUUCGCCGCAAUUUGACUGAGACAGUGACCCCACGAGGGAGACUGAGACCGAACCUCUACCGUCUUGAUGUAAAGGAUUGGAUCCUCUUUGAGCCGUCGACUGCACACCUGCAGAAGAAGCAUGAAAUCUUCCAGUCGCCAUCGCGCGACAAGCAUUUGAUUCAGUCUAAAGGUUGCCUGGGACCACAACACGAAGUGUUAGAGCUUUUGCUGGAUUAUUUGCCACAACGCUAUCCAGAGAAUUUCCAGGUUGCUGCUGUUCCAUCUCUUGGCUCCAAAUAUGGACCUGAUACCACAAUCACGUUGCAUGCAGCAGAUUGGCAGAUGGAGUACCGCGUUGGGGACUUUGCGCAUUUUCCUUUGGAACUGGCCUCCAGGCUUGUUUUGGAGGAUUUGGUGAUCGUCGAGGAUGGGACGGUCGUUGCGGGAUCUGUGCUUUUCAGUUUCACACGCUUCCAUGAACGCUUUGGAAUGAACAUGGAGCAGAUACACAGCAAGGUGCCUCAAUACCAAAAUGAUUUGGAGAAGCCUGUUGCAAAAGUUUUUGCCACGUUGAGGGACGAUCGCCCUAUGUGGCGGAGCAACUGGAACGUGAGCUGGAGUGACGACAUCAUGGCAGGCUACAGCCGCUACCCUCAUCGCAAUCAAGGCAUAUCAACAGCUGAAAGAAACUUACUGUUUGAAGAACUAAAAUACAAGAUUGGCCAGAAAGGCCUAGCUGAAUCCGCAUGGCUAAAGGUUGAAUACCAAACAUUGAGACGACUAUGCCAUCAUCCUUCCUCAGUUCUUUUUACCAUCAGAACUUUCAUAAACUCUUUCCAAGAACUGGAGAGCGAGCCGUUGGCGGCUAAAGCCCUUUUGCAGAAUAUGGACCGACUGCAGCACACAGAGUUCAAAAAAUACAUAGGAAUUGACGAUGUGGAUUUGUUCCAGACUCUGAGAAGCUUCGUGCAAGAUGCCUGUGUAGAAUGA